AUGCACCAAACACAAAGAGUGGCGAUGGUAUCUGACUGCAGGCAAGCAGCAACCAAUUAUUGGUCUGAUGAAGAACUGAGGGAUAAAGUUGGGCAGCCUUUUAUUGUUGGAUUCCAUGGCCAUGUUACCAACGAAGAUAUCAAGACUCUCAUCACAGUUCACAGAGUUGGAACCAUCAUACUUUUUCAGAGAAAUAUCGCAGACGCAGCCCAACUUUUCCAAUUAGCUGCUUCAUUACAAGAAAUUGCAGAAGAUUCUGGACAUGCUCAGAGUCUCUUCAUUGCAACUGACCAAGAAAAUGGACUUGUGACUCGUGUCAAUCCACCUAUUGCAACAGAACUUCCUGGUUCGAUGGCUCUGGGAGCGGCCAAUGAUCCGUCAAAUGCUUUCAGUGUUGCUGUAUGCACAGCCAAAAUAUUGAAAGCAUAUGGCAUCAACAUGAAUUAUGCCCCAGUUGCAGACGUAAACUCAGAACCAAAGAAUUUCGUCAUUGGAGUAAGAUCAUUUUCAGAUGAUCCGGGGACAGUGGGAAGAUUUGUAUCAUCUCAAGUGGAAGGUUUACAGCAAAAUGGCAUCCUGUCCUGCGUCAAACAUUUCCCUGGCCAUGGUGAUACGGCCGUUGACUCCCAUCAUGGUCUUCCGGUUAUUACUAAAUCCAAAGAGGAAUUAGAAGCCUGUGAGUUGGUACCAUUCUGGCGCGCCGUGAAAGCUGGUGUUGAUGCUAUUAUGACUGCUCAUAUAUCUCUACCUCAGUUAAACAGCAACUCUAACGUAGCUACCAAUCAAUUACCAGCUAGCUUGAGCCCCGAUGCAAUAAGAAUCUUGCGCCAGGAGAUGAACUAUGACGGUUUGAUAGUAAGUGAUUGUUUAGAAAUGGACGGAGUUAGAGCGACUUAUGGGACAGAGAAAGGAGCAGUCAUGGCAUUAAAGGAACUGACUGUGUCAUGGUGUCACACAAUGAAAGCUCAAGUCGGUGCCAUUGAAGCUGUUAUUGCUGCAGUGAAAUCUGGUGAGAUUUCUCAGGAGAUGAUUGAGUCUUCAGUAAACCGAGUUAUACGACUAAAGACUAAAUAUUUAUCCACGAAUGUUUCAACGGCUGAUUCUAACUCAAAUGUUCAAAUGCUUAACGAAGAAUCGUCAAAAGUUGCAUCGGAAGUUUACGCCAAGAGUACAACUGUUGUCCGAACUGAGCCGGGAUAUCUUUCAAUCCCAAGAAAUUCCGUUAAGGUUUUAUUGUUGUUCGCAUCAGAGGCACAUCUAGGGGGUGGUGCUGUUGUCAGUGGUGAGGAUAGAGCAGCCCGAUCCCUACUGCUCACGUAUAUUGAGACUCUAAAGCCUUACUGUGAAUCUAUCAUUGACAUACAGUUCAACGAGGGAUAUUUAUUGGAUCCAGGUCACAAGGACAUGAUUCAUUUUGAGGAGGCUGAUAUGAUAAUUCUUGCGACCAGAAAUGCAACCUUCAGUCCCUAUCAAAAGGCUAUGGGACAAUUUCUAGGCAAGUGUCUUAUUUCGAACAAGAAGUUCAUCACAAUCGUAACUUGUGAUCCGUACGAUUUCCUUGAAGAUAGGGAUUUUAUAAAAAAUUACAUCGCAAUAGAUGAGCCUACUGUAUCAGCUUUUAGAGCAGUGGUGGAGAAUCAAUGCAUCGAGGCCUUGGCUUAG